AUGGCCGUCCCCUCCAUGUCGCAUUUGGCUAUCCAUUCCAAAACACACAAGGACACCAUCUUGAACAAAUUCGAUAAGCUGAGGAAGAAGGAGCUGCUUUGUGACAUAACGCUGAUCGUGGAAGACGUCCACUUUAAGGCCCACAAGGCUCUGUUGGCUGCAAGCAGUGAGUAUUUCUCCCUGAUGUUCACUGCCGAGGGCCACGUCGGCCAGUCCAUAUACAAAUUGGAUGGUAUGGCCGCGCAGAUCUUCGGCACCGUGCUGGAGUUCAUUUACAGCGCCAGUGUGUCUGUGGAGGAGAACGCGACCGAGCAGCUCCUGGCUGUGGCCCGACUCCUCGAGGUCAGUGACCUGGUGAAGGCGUAUGCCGAUUCUCAGAGCGUCGUCCCAGCCUGCGAUUCUCCAAAGCCUACCGGUGACCCCGGAGCGGGCUCAGAAAAGCCCAAACGCAAGAGGGGUCGUCCAAGAAAAAACGUGAUCGUUCCGGAGAUGCCAGGGACACCAGCACCUGAGUUAAACACCGGAGCACAAGCCAUUCCAAAGGGCGACGGGACUGAUCCGGCUGCUCUCGGCUCUAAGGACAAUGGAGAGGCGAAGGCCGAGGGGGACGUGGCGGAGCGGGGAGCCAGCAUGGAGUUUCCUCAAGACACAGACGCCGACUAUGACCCCAGGGCGGGACGCAGCCGAUACAGCAAACGCAAAAUUAAGCCACCAACCAAGUUAAGAGGGUAUCGCAUUGGAGACGACUCGUCAGAGUCUGGAGAGCCCGGAAGAAGAGGGAGAAGGCGGAAAUACCCCAACACAGAGGCCCGCUGCGAGGACUGUGGGAAGGUCUUCAAGAACCACCUCUUUUUAAAGAUACAUCAGAGGACUCACACAGGCGAAAAGCCCUUCCGAUGUUUUGUGUGCACAAAGGGAUUCACGCAGAAGCACACGCUGCUGGUCCAUCAGCGCAUGCACACGGGGGAGAAGCCCUUCAUCUGCACCGUGUGCUCCAAGGCCCUGUCCACCAAACACUCCCUGCUGGAGCACAUGAACCUGCACACAGAGCAGAAAUCAUUCAGCUGCGAUCAGUGUGGGAAGACGUACAGUCAGAGGAGGCAGCUGAAGAGUCACUACAGGGUGCACACAGGUAAACCUUUACCAGAGUGUGUGCACUGCCAUCAUAAAUUCAUGGAUGCGGCUCAACUUAAGAAACAUUUGAGGACACACACUGGGGAGAAGCCUUUCACCUGUGAGAUUUGUGGGAAGUGCUUCACAGCCAAGAGCUCCCUGCAGACCCACAUCAGGAUCCACAGGGGGGAAAAACCUUACGUGUGCAGCAUCUGUAAUAAGUCUUUCUCAGAUCCUAGUGCAAGAAGGCGACAUGUGGCUUCCCACACGGGAAAGAAGCCCUUCACAUGCCCUUUCUGCAGCCUGUCCUACGCCCGCUUGGACAACCUCAAGGUCCACACCAAGACCCACAACAAGGAGAAGCCGGUAGAGGCCCCCGAACCUGCGGCCACCGAGGUGGUCGGUGCCGGGGCCGAGGAGGUCCGUAGCAUCCUGCAGCUCCAGCAGUAUCAGCUGCCUGCUUCGGGGGAGCAGGAGAUCCAGCUGGUGGUCACCAGCGAGGUGGACAACAUCAACUUCGUGUCUGGGCAGGAGCAGGACAUCAGCAUCAUCACGAGUGAGGCCUCUGAGGGCAUGGGGGCCCUGCUGGGGCAGCCCCCUCAGCAGGUGCCGAACCUAGCUCUGGUCGCUUCUGGGGAGCCGGCCCAGCAGAUCCAGGCCAUCGGAGUUCUGGAGGGCCAGCCCGAGCAGAUGCAGGUCAUCACCCUGACCCGGGAGGCCAUGGAGCAUCUGCAGGCUCAUCACGGGCCGCCCCAGCCGCUGCCUGUGCCACCGCGGCCCGUGCAGCACCUGCACGUGAUGCAGCAGCAGCCCCUCCCACAGUUGCCCGUGGCCCCCGAGGCCCUGGCCCAGUCCGUGGCCAUCGGCCGGGAGCAGCAGGCUCAGGCCAUCCACAUCAGCGGCCAGAGCACCCAGCCCAUCUCCAUCAGCCAGACCACGGAGCAGAUCCCCAGUCACCAGAUCCAGGGGCAGACGUUCCAGAUACAGGCAGGUACUGUGUCCUACCUCUACACUACCAGCCUGGCCCCGCAGAACUGAAAGAAGCUCUUCGGUGCUCUCUAGUGACUCACCAAAAUACCUGAGCUGUCGCCCUUUCGCAAAAUGAGUCCUUGUUUCUAUGAAGACCUUUUCGAUGUAUUUUUGUAGAGUUUUGUACUUCUUGAUAACUAUCCCCAUUUGAACACAGAGUAGUCUUCAAUAAAAAAAAAUGCAUAGGAGAUUGACUAAGCAUGCCUAAGGUUGGUGAGGAAGUCCAUCCAUUAGUGGCCACCAGACGUGUCAUCUUCUCUCUACCUCAGCCGUCACUAAUUUUAGCAAAGCUUUUAGUCGUGGAUGUGAAUUCACCUGGUGCCCCGGUUUUCCAUCCAUUCCUGAUGGACGCCGUGCCCUCUGUAGACGAGCAUCCCCUGCCCCUCACCUAAGGAAGAUGGAGAUGCUUUCGAGUCUUUGUGAAAGUUAACCUGUACAUUUUUGAUGUCUGUAAAUCAGAUAAAAGAUGAACUAAA